UCCGGCCCAGAAUCUCACCCCGGCCUCCUUUCUCAAGUCGAAAAACAUCUUCAUUUAACCUAAGCAUGGACAUCAAACCAAUAGGAGUAAGACCUGCAGAUUCACUACCGAACCCCAAUAAAAGGGGUAAAGGUAGCGGAAAGAAAAAGCAGCUCUUCAAUGGUGACAUAGUCUUCACCUCUAAGAAUGGAUCUAUCCAGACCAUACCCUGCCUGAACAAACGCCUCAAAGCAGUCACAGAUACUGUUGUUGGCCUACAGUACAUAUGGGAGUAUCGAAGCCCAUCUAAGUCAGUUCCUCCUCAUUACCAGUGUAAACUGUGUAGAGUUAAUCGGCUGCAGAAUGAAAUGGCGGCUCACAUCACUGGCUGGAAGCACAGCUUCAGAUACCUGCAACAGAACCACCAAGACAAGGCUCCCUAUGAUGAAGCAGCUGCUCUUAAAGAUCCAGCCAUCAGGAAAGCUAUUAAAACAGCUGCGGCUGAAGUGGAAAGAACAGAGGGAAGAGGUCAACUAAAGAUGGUGUUAAAGGAGCCAUUUGACAUUGUGGCAUUUCAGGACAUGAAGUCUGCACACCCAAAUCCAGCAUUUCCAGGACCUGGUGGCAUUCAUACUUCUUCGCCCAGAGGGUUGAAACAAGGUGGUUCAUUUGGAAGUUCUUAUCAAGAUUUUCCUCCCCGGGGUGGCAUGAUGUCUGACUUCUCUCCUGUCAUGCGGGGCGGUAUGGACAAUCUCCCAAUGAGGGGAGGUUAUUCCAAUAUGAGAGAAUUCACUAGCCCCGGUCGCUAUGGUAAUGGUGGACCAGACAGGGGCAUGAUGGAAACAGAUGACAUGCAUCGCUUCGCAGAUGAUGGACCCAUGCGCAUGGGUCCGGAUAGAUUUGGGACUGGUCAUCAUAAUGAGGGCAUGGCCAGACCUUUCCUAAACGACAUGCCUAUGAACAGCGGUGGGGACAGAAUGAUGGGACCUGGUCCUAAACGCUCAGAGAACAACAGCCUCCCUGCAACACUGCUCAAAUACCUGGACUCUUUUCGUAUUGAAAAUGAAGACGAUGCUCAGAUUGUCUUGAAGGUCACACAGAAGCUUACCGAUGUUCUGAUGGAGUACCGUCUACGAAGUAUUUCAUCGGUCCCCAUUGUGAAGCCACUGCCUCCCAUGAACUAUUCGUCUGCAUUGCCUUCUCGCAGCUCUAGUGACAGAUUCUCUGGAAACAUGCCAGGCUCAUCAAGAUUCUACAACUGAACGUUCAUCUGAUGGAUGCAGUCAAGACUCUGGUUGCAAUCUGCUCUGUCUGUUUUCGAUUAAUAUCUUUGAGUUUUGCUUAUGACCAAACAUCUUUUCCCCUUGAUUUUUAGACUGCUUUGUUUUUACAUUGUAAACUUAGAUCUGCUUAUUUUAAAUUUUUGAUUUCCCCUUUCUCAUAGAAACAGGUUUUGUAUGCUGUUAUUUGUAAAAGCAACAGUUUUUAGUGUUUAACUCUUUAGAGUCAGUAAAAGCCUUAAUGUGACUUCUGUUUCUGUUGCUUUAACAUGUAGAAUAAAUUCAUAGUCCCUUAC